GUUUCUUUCGUGGUGCUGCCGCGCGACGUCUCGGCUGCGCCUCAUCGCCGCACGGCGCCGUCGUGAUCGCGUCGGGGCAAGGCAAUCAAGUCAUUUUUUCGGGAGAGAAGGAGUUAGAAGGUGGCAAUGGAAUUGAGCUCGCCAUCAAGCCUUAACACGACAGCUGGCGGGGGAGGGCACGAUCACCACGAGUCUGAGUCAGAGGAUAGUGCUGAAGAAAACAAUCCUAAAUGCAGAGUUCAAUUCAUCUCAGAUUCUUCAUAUGAAGAUGACGAUCAUAUUAAUGAACUGGAACACACAGAUUCUGACAACCAACACACAAAGUUCUUCCAUGAUGUUACAGAUAUGGUAUUGCAAGGGCUCAAACGGAAACGUCGGAGAAAGUCAAUGCGCAAGGAAAGCAGGAAGAGAGCAAAGUUUGGAAUUCAGCUAGCAGGAGGGAAUGAAGCUGAAAUUGUGCCAAAAGCUUACAGCAGAUGCAAUGUACAUUAUCUGCAUGAGGUUAUAAGAAGUUUCCGCAAUUGCGAAAGGAAAUGUGGUCUCAUAAGAGGAGCAGGUUUUGGGGACAUUCUUCAGUUCGACGGCUGUAUUGUACCAAGAUCCUUUGCUCAAUGGAUUGCCGACUGCACGAAUGUGCGUACUGAAGAAGUGUGUGUGGGGGAGCAAAGAAUCCAGCUGGGCACAGAGCACGUGGCUUCCAUUGUUGGCAUUCCAUCUGCUGGUCUAACUAUACAAACUACUGGAGAAGAUGGGAAGAUUUCUUUUCUUGCUUCUAUUGGAUUGAAAGAGCUCCCACCAAUAAAGUUUUUUGGCAGCAAAGUUAUGAACGAAGAUCUACCGGAUGAUAUGUUCAUUAGAUGUGUUCUUGUUGUCGUCUUGUCCACUUUCCUGUGCCCAACCUCUAGCACAUUCCCUAGCACUAAGUAUCUUGGUGCUCUGGUAGAUAUUGACAAGAUCAAAGACAUGGACUGGGCAAAGCUAACGCACAACUGGAUGAUUAACUGCAUCAAGAAGUAUCAGAAACAAAGAGCAAAACGAAAACGUCUCACCUGCACUCUCGGGGGCUGCAUCUAUAGCUUGGCGGUACGCUGCCUUGAUGAAGUUGAUUUUGAGGGAAUUCAUCUUGAACAAACACUGCCCAGGAUACUUGUUUGGAAAGGUGACAUGAUAAUUCAGUACAGCAAGCUAUACAUGUGCCCCAACGGGAAAUAUGGAUUUUUACCUGUAAAAGAGAAUAACAAAUCUUCUUUUAGUAUUGCUAACAAGAAAGAAUCAAGAGAGAAGCUGUUGAUGGAGUUGAAGAAUUUUUUAGAGUGUUCAAUGACACAAUCCCUUUCUUCCGAGGUGAAGGAAAAUGUUGUAUCUAUCUUUGAUGCGUACAUGGGGACUGAAGAUGAACAUUGUUGGGAAAAAGCAAAGCGCUUAUUGACAGACGUGCUGAUGAGCAUCACGACUAAUUGCAACAUUAUGUUGAAGGAAGAGCAUCAUAAUGGAAACAUAGGAAUACUAUCAGGCGACACUGAAGUAGCGGGGAGUUCACAGGAGGCAUCAUACAACUGCGAAGGCGCAUCAGACAACACUCUGAAAGUUGACUCUGAUGGUGCAAGUACAAAUGAAGGAACUACAAAUGGGGAAAGGAAAAAAGAGCAACCACCCCAUAGUGGAGACAAAUCUAAACAAGAUUCAAUGGAGCACAAAGAUGUGACAACAACACAAUUUGAAUCAGGUAACAAAGGGGGCGAUGGGAUGCAUUUUGCUCAUACAGUGCAAGAAUUGGAUGGUACAAAUGGGAAUGUUACAGGGCUUUCCAACCCAAUCAUGCCAACAGUGAUGGAGCUGGAUACCUAUGCCAAAGAUGUAAACAAGGAUGUACAUCUCACCGAUCAUCAAUAUGAAAAAACUUCAAAACUGCCUACAACUGACACUAGUGCAGUCCAAAACGAAAUUGCGUUGCAUGUCCCCCCCUAAACCUGGAAAUAUUGUACUAGCUGAUACCAUAAGUUUCCCCGAGGUCACAAGAAUCACAAAAGGUUCUGAUUUUAUGACUAAACCUCAGAAAUCAAAGGAAACUUCAGGUAUACUCAAUGUGAUGGAAGAAACACAGCCACCUGGUGACAAAGGAGCAAAAGUUGUUAUUGCUAAUAAGUUUUGCAAUGAAGCAACAGUACCAUCUUCAAGCAACCAGAGCGCAAGCCUAAACCAUAUGCUGCUGGAUGAUUCUCGCAGAGCUGAUGAUACAAUCUCAGUAUAUUAUGAAGCAACAAGCAUUGCGAUAGUUAACAACAUAAUGCAAAAAUUGGAAAAGCCGAAGGAAACAACCAUGCCUAGUUGGAAGGUUUCUCAACAUGAAGAAGCAAACAUCAAUAAAGAUGAAGCGAACAAAAAGAGUUCCACAUUUGCAGGGAAAACAAUGACAUGCCUUGAUGUACAACAUACUGACCAAGUACUUCAGAACACAAGCAUGGCAGCAAUAGCGCAAGCAUAUCCAUGCAGCGAAACAAAAUCAGACUCAGAUAAAUAUGCAUUAUAUGACGAGCAAUGCAGAAGUGUAAAUAGUUGGUGCGAAGCGGAUUUUUCAGAAGAGUAUGUUGAUAAGAGUAGCAUCAACAAUAAGGAAAAUAUCCAUCCCCUGACAAGCUACUAUGCAAGUCCAGCAUAUCAGGCAAGGAUGGCUACAUAUGGCCCUUAGCAGAAACUAAAUGAAUCUGAUAUUCAAUGUGCCCAAAAACAACAAAACAAUGGCCACUGUAGUUGUGCAAAAACAGUGUCUCCAAUUAAGCCCAGAAAAUUACUCGAACAGUUGGACUCCGCUGUCACAGUGAGAGGAAAUGGCAACCAACACUUUAAUGAAGGAAAACGAGAGGACCCCAUCAAUAUUGAGGAUUCAGAAGAGUUAGAAAUUCUUGACGAGGAAAGCUAUUCAAAACAACUCCAGGAAAAACAAGUGCAGCGAAGGUUCAAAGGAGCAGAAGCAAAACUACCAAAGAUUUCAAAUGCAGGGGAUGCUUCACCUGUCCAGUUUUUGGGGGAGAGGAACAGAGAAACUUGCAACAUUCUAACUGACAAAACAGAUCAGAUGUACAACCAAGCCAAUAACAAAAGACGAGUCCUGCAGCCUAGCAAGUGGGUAUGUUCACCUUACGAGACAGGGAAAGUAAAUGUAAGGAACGAUGAAGCAAGACUUUACCAAUGUAUCAUGGCACUUGGCUCAAGCAGAGAAUAUAAGUACCGGAUAGCAAUUUAUUUCGACAAGGUGAGGGUGAGCUUCAAGACAUUUGCUGACUCUUUCAGACCCGAGGGGUGGGUGGAGGGUUAUGUUCUCAAUACCUUCUGCCGCAAACUGUUUAGAGACAAUCACCCAAGAGAGUCAUUGAAACACUUCUUCCACACAAUGAGUGAAUAUUUCCUAGAGAAAUAUACAACUGAUGCAAAGAGGGAGAAAAUGAAAGUGGGGGUAAUGCACGCGUUUGAGGGAGCAGGGUCGGCAAUGAAAUUGCACCUCAGUAACAUGCUAUAUUUCCCAACUCUUAACAUGCAGCACUGGUUUCUAUUUAUCGUUGACUUGAGGGACGAGAAGUUCAUCGUCCUGGAUUCAUUAUUUGGACCCGACAAUAUUUUACACCGCGAAUCUUCACAGCUUCUG